GUGGUUUUGGUGUGGCUAAAAACCUGUCUGACUGGGCUGUGAAUGGGAAGGAGUUCACUGUUCAACCCCAAGUAGAGAAGCUGAUUAAGGGGUUCCACGCUGCAGGCAAGCCCCUGGCUAUGUGCUGCAUCUCCCCUAUCCUAGCUGCUAAGGUCCUGCCGGGGUGUGAGAUCACCGUGGGACAGGACAAGGAGUGUGAGAGAUGGCCCCAUGCCAAGACGGCAACUUCCAUGAAGGAGCUGGGCUGUAAACACGUGAAUAAGAAAGUGGGGGAGGUCCACAUCGAUGUGAAGAACAAGCUAGUCACCUCCUCCGCCUUCAUGUGUAACGCUCCCGUACAUGAGGUGUUUGACGGGGUGGGCGUCAUGAUUACAGAACUGCUCAAACUGGCCUAGGACACGCCUGAGAUGCAGAAUACUGAUUAGCUGUGCUUCCCAAAAUGCACCCUGUUCCCUUUUAUAGUGCUGAUGUGACCUUGUCAAKAGACGGGAAUAGGGAGSCAUUUGGGCACACCUAKAUUCAUGUUUGUUGUUGUUUCUGUAUUCGUUGUUUGUUUACCUGGAGACCGUCCUGAUCGGAAUGUAAUGGACACACCAGAAGAAACAGAAGAAGAUAGUGUUUCUGUUGCAUCAUCUGUCUGACUGGAUGACUUGUGUUUUUAUCCACAUUGUAAUAAAAGUUAAACCAAGUUCUGGAAUAAA